GUGAGCCCCGCGCCCCGGCGCCUCGGCAGGGCAGGGACCCCGGCCGAGCGCCGCCGGGACCGCCCGCUCUUCCGCGCCCGCCCGCGUGUGCGCGCCGCUGUCCGCGCGCCGACCUCCCGCCCGCCAGAAAAGUCAUUUUUCUUCUCUGGAGGGUGAACAACUAUAGCAUCGAUUUCACGGAUCUGGUAACAUGGCAAAAGAUGCCGGUCUAAUUGAAGCCAACGGGGAACUCAAGGUCUUCAUAGACCAGAACCUCAGUCCCGGCAAAGGCGUGGUGUCCCUGGUCGCCGUCCACCCCUCCACAGUGAACACAAUCGGGAAGCAGCUCUUGCCAAAAACGUUCGGACAGUCCAGUGUCAACGUCACUCAGCAAGUGGUGAUUGGCACGCCUCAGAGACCUGCAGCGCCCAACACUCUCGUGGUAGGAAGCCCACACACCCCUAACACUCACUUUGUGUCCCAGAACCAGCCUUCAGAGCCCUCACCUUGGUCUGCAGGGAAGCGUAACAGGAAGGGGGAGAAGAACGGCAAGGGUUUGCGGCACUUUUCCAUGAAGGUCUGCGAGAAGGUGCAGCGGAAGGGGACCACGUCCUACAACGAGGUGGCGGAUGAGCUGGUGGCAGAAUUCAGCGCUGCCGACAACCACAUCUUACCCAGUGAGUCGGCCUACGACCAGAAGAACAUACGGCGGCGCGUCUACGACGCCUUGAACGUGCUCAUGGCCAUGAACAUCAUCUCCAAGGAGAAGAAGGAGAUCAAGUGGAUCGGCCUGCCCACCAACUCGGCUCAGGAGUGCCAGAGCCUCGAGGUGGAGAGGCAGAGGAGACUGGAGAGAAUAAAGCAGAAGCAGUCGCAGCUCCAGGAGCUCAUCUUGCAGCAAAUCGCCUUCAAGAACCUGGUGCAGAGGAACCGCCAGGCGGAGCAGCAGGCCAGCCGGCCGCCCCCGCCCAACUCCGUCAUCCACCUGCCCUUCAUCAUCGUCAACACCAGCAAGAGGACCGUCAUCGACUGCAGCAUCUCCAACGACAAGUUCGAGUACCUGUUUAACUUUGACAACACGUUUGAGAUCCACGACGACAUCGAGGUGCUGAAGCGCAUGGGCAUGGCCUGCGGGCUGGAGUCCGGGAGCUGCUCUGCCGAGGACCUGAAGGUGGCGCGGAGCUUGGUACCAAAGGCGCUGGAGCCCUACGUGACAGAAAUGGCUCAGGGAUCACUUGGUGUCUUUGUCACGUCAGCAGUUUCCACUUCGAAUGGCACAAGGCUCUCUGCCAGCGACCUGGCCAACGGCGCGGAUGGGACGCUGGCCACGAGCUCCAGCGGGUCACAGUACAGCGGCUCCAGGGUGGAGACGCCCGUGUCGUACGUCGGGGAGGACGAUGAGGACGAGGACGACUUCAACGAGAACGAGGAGGAGGACUGAGCCGGGCCGCGGCGGGCGCCGCAGGCGCGUCUGGGGAAGAGGAGCUCUGCCUCGGCAGUUUCUGUCCUUCUGCUCCCCCAGGGGCCCGGGAGCUGCGGGUCCUGCGGCGCCGUCUCCGUGGGGUCCUGGCGAGCCGUCGCGGCCUCGCGCACCCCUUGAGAGUCUGUGUUUUCCUUUGCUGUUUUUAAUUCAGAGUUGAUUUCGCCCCUUGCUGAGUUUGCUGAGGAGCUAGUGCUCGUUGACGUCGACCAGGCCGAGACCCUCCUGCCCGGCCGGCCCGACGCAGCGCGGAGAGGGCGCCCGGGCUGCGGGCCGCGCCGACGGCCAAGCUCUGCCCCUCGACGUUUGAUCGCGACUUCGUUUCCCUUAAAUUAUAUUGACUGUGUGACCCCGUCAGGUUUAGACUUUGUUUUCACUCUGUGUUGCAGCGGUUUGCAGAGUUCUUUGUUUUUGUUUUGUUUUGUUUUGUUUUGUUUGGAAAAAAGUUUACUGCCAUGCUGGUGCAGCUAUAGAAACUGAAAGCUUGGAAUGGUUUAUUGCUUAUGGUAAAAUUUGCCUGAUUUCUUACAGGCAGCGUUUGGAAACUUUUUAUUAUAUAGUUGUUUACAUACUUAUAAGUCUAUCAUUUAAAGACAUGUACUGAAACAAAUGUUGUAUUUGUUUCGUAAGCAUCUUCCUGUAAUCUAUUAUAAAGUUGAAAUUAAAUAUAGAGAAUGUUUUAACAGUUUUUUAACUCGAAAUUUGUCAAUCAUUUUUAAUAGUUCUUUUUUUAUAAAAAGAAAAAGGAAUUUCAGGACAGGCAGUAGUCUCUUUUAAAAUUUAUUCACCAAGAACCAUUAACUGCACAGUUGCUGUUAGCUGCCUGUUCUAAAAUAAUAGUCUUUUUAUUGGAACACAAAUAAACUUUUCUGUAAUAUUUUGUGGAAUAAAGAGACUUUAAUUGUUUGACUUGUU